CGUUCUUCAUCAUUCCCGCCGUCAUGGCCUUCGCGCUCAUGAUGAUCAUUCAGGGAUGCAGGUGUGACGUCUGGUGCAGGAGGACCGUGUCCCUGUCCAGCUUCGUUCCCGCCGUGGUCUGGCUGAUCCUGCUCUUCCUGGACGGUCAGUAUUUCGCCUGCGCGAUGACAGACUGGCACGGCAGGUUCGUGAUCGUGGACAAAGCCGCUCCGCAGAAAUGGUGCGAACCCAUUCAAGAGGAGAGCGUCACUCCUCAGGAACUCAUGCUGCGCUCACAGCGACUGUUUGUGGAGUCUCAGGUGAUCGGCAUAGUGCUGCUCAUUUUUAUCUGUUUCGGACUGGUCGUGUAUGUGAUCAGAGAAAGCUGCCAUCAGGAGCUGGAAACUCAAGAUGCCAACGAGGCAGAGAUGACGCUCUACAGCUCCAGCUGAUAGACACCAUUCCUCAUCCCACUGCAGAGAAACACGCCAUCUCCAGUCACGCUUUACAUUACAGUGUUCAUGUAUUACUGCAGUGAGUAACACGCGAAAACGACAUGUGCUUACAGGGAUAGUUCACCCAAAAAUGAAGAUUCAGUCAUCAUUUAACCACCCACAUGUUCUUCCAGACUUGUAUGAUUUUCUUUCUUCUAUGAAAGAAAAAAGGAUUCUGAAGCCUGUGCUGGUCGCUCUUCCACAAAUCAGAUCAAA